AUGAACUGUUUAAAAAUUACUAUGAUUUUUAUUUGUAAGUAAAUAACUAUUGUUUUGAAUUUUAUUAUUUUUGAAUUUUUUUUUGCAUUUUAGGUACACUUUUUCAAUUUUUAGGCUUAUUUUCUUAUUUUUAAAAAUUUUUAAGACUUUUUUGGAAAUUUAAAAUAAGAUUUAAAAGUAUUUUUUAAUACUAUAUUCCAUUUUUUUAGUACUAAGCCUAUUACAAGUUCAAUUUCCUGUAGAAUGCCGCGCUUUUCGUCAAGGAGGUCAAGGUACAGCUAUAAGAAGACCAGUAGGAAGACCAGGAUACCAAGGACGAGUAGUACAAAGUCGAGUGCCAGUACGUAGGCAUGUCCAUGGUCAUGUCCCUGUAGCUCAUGGUCACAUUCAUGGAGCUGUAGUGCAUCCUCACGUUCAUGUACCAGUUGUUCACGCUCAUGUGCCUGUCGUUCAUCCUCAUGUUCAUGUCUCAGUUGUUCAUCCCCAUGUUCAUGUGCCUGUUGUGGUACCGCAUGCUCAUGUUGCUCCUGGAUUUUGUUGGGGAUGUCAUAGAAGUAGGUUGUACUUAUGAGCUCUACCUUGUAGUAGAGCGUUCCAAAAUUUCUCUUAUCAGCCACUGAAAGUUCAGAGCCGAAACAUGAGCUAACCUCAAACUUGGGUUAAUAAACCGAAGAUAUUAUCCUUGCUUCUGCUCUAAAGAGAAAGCUCUAUGUCUUUUCGAGUGAGUUUGACUCGACUUCGGGAGCUGUUCGAGCGAUCUUCCACUCUCUUAUAUUAACCAUGAGCACGCAUAUCCUUUUUUUUUACUCGUUAUCUCUAUCGUAUGUUAACAAUUGCGUGUACAUUUAAUUGUAUUUAAACACAUACGAUAGAAAUAAAGAGUGAACAGAAGCGUCAGCGCGCUCAUGGCUAACAUACGAGAGUGGAAGAGCCCUCGAACAACUCCCAAAAUAGAGUCAUACUCAACCAAAAAGACAUAGAGUCUUCUCUUUCGAGCAGCAGCAAGGAUAAUAUCUUCGGUUUAUUAACCCAAGUUUGAGGUUAGCUCAUGUUUCGGCUCUGGACUCUCAGUGGCUGAUAAGAGAAAUUUUGGAACGCUUUACAAGGUGGAGCUUAUAAACUUUCUAAAAGUCUUACUACAAGGUGGAGCUCAUAAUUGACUUUCCUGACGUUUUCACGACUUUUUCAUACUUUACUAUGCUAGGGUAGGGUAGGCUCGGUUAGGGUAAGGCAUCAUUCCCGACGUUAGUUUAUCCUACCCUGCACUACCCUGCUCAAUCUACUCUACCUUACCGUACUGUACCUUAUUCGUCUUUACAUUAGCUAUCAUGACCGUACUCUUCCCUACUUUACAUCCUAAAUUGUCUAACAUUCCUCUCCCCAAAUUUUUUUCUUUCACAGAGAUAGGGUAUGACAAAGUUUUUACUUUUCCUUAUAUUAUAAUUAAUGUUUCAGCUUACUUUGUUGGAGGCGGUGCACUAUUAGGAGCACUAAUACUGAUCGGUGGUCUUUUUGUUAUUUUAUGGUGUUGUGGAGUUUUUAUGGUGAGUUACGUUACUUUUUCAAUAAAUACAUUGUUUAUAAUUUCAAAAAAAUAAAAAAAAAUUGUUUGCUUUUUUUGAAACUAAAAUGCCAUUUUGAGUUAUACAUUUCUCUAAAUUUUAGUCAUGCUGCGCAACACACGAAGAACCAGUAGUCGUAUACAAUUCAUAUGAACCUCCAGUUGCUUAUAACACGUGUGAAAACGUUAUGGUCGAGCCUGCUGGACCAACACCACCGCCGCCAUCAUCAAGAAAGCAAAUCGUCAUGGUAGAAAAGGCCUGA